GCGCGAGAGAGACCCCCAAAUCAAGAAACCCUACCCCUUUGCUCCUCUUCGCUCUUCGCUCUCGCGGCAAGGUACUAAUUGACGUGGAACUUGGAACUCAAAUCUGCAACUUUGGAUAUCGUGGAUGGGAUCAUCUUAAUGAAGAGAGAAAUGGGUGCUGGCUUAAAGAGGAAACGGUUGGAAGGUCAUAACCUGCAUGAACAAUGUAGUGAGAAAAAGAAAAAGAAAACCAAAUCAUCUGAUUGCACACUGACUCGUAGGCCACAUACAAAUCUGCAAUGGGAUGAUCGUAGAGAAAGAGUUGUGGCGAAGAGGGAACAAAUUGCAAUAACAUGGAGAGAUAUGGCUUCAUUUGUUGAUUCCGUUCCCAAACACCAUUCAGGUCCGGCAGAUGUCUUUCCUGUUCCUCCAGAAACAUUUACUCUAGAGAAUUUGACUGAUGUGCUCUCUUAUGAGGUUUGGGCAAGUCAUUUGUCAGAAUCAGAAAGAAAGCUUCUUUCUCAGUUUCUUCCACCUGGGACAGGUGUGGAAGAAGUAGUGCAGUCAUUGCUUGCAGGGGAUAAUCUUCAUUUUGGAAAUCCCUUUCUCCAAUGGUCUUCUUUACUUUGCACUGGGGUGCUACAUCCUGAUAAUGCUUUACGUGCUCAAAAGCAAUUUAGGGCUUGCAAAUCUGCAUAUUACAGUGAACUUAAUCGAUAUCAUAAUGACAUGAUUGAACUGCUAAGAAAGUGGGGGGAACUUUGGACAGGUUGUGAGGACCCGGAAAAGUCAUGGAGUGAAGGAUUCAUCAAGCAUCAGCAAGGGAGUUUGACAAAUUUCGAAGGAAUGGUUAAAGUUGACCCUGUGCCCAGAGAAGAAAUGCCAGAUAAAACGUCAACAAGCCACAGCAAGUCUGCAAAUAAUCCACGUUAUGUUAAGAUAAGCAGGGAGCAAGAUCUAUUACUUCUGACAAUAGAACAACGUGGUGAUGGCCUUAGAUCCAAGCCACUGAACCAAGGAAUGGAGGGUAAUAAUGCCUGCACUAUACUACCAUACGCUGUAUCUGAAGAGGAAGAAAACAAGAGGCUGCGUAAUUGGUUAACUUUGGCAAACAAAGAUAUUCCAGUUGCUUAUAAGGACCUAAGAGAGAAAAGACUACAGAGGGAGAGAUGGAGUAUAUCUCUGGAACAAAAACUCACUGGAAAGAAGAAAUUUGUGACAAAUAAGGCUGAUGCAAAAAGCAUUCUACAUAAUGAUCUUCUAGAAAAGGCAGUUGAAGGAACCUCAGAACAUCAUUCUAUAACCAACAAGUCUGAUUGUGAUCUUGAUUUCUCUCCUAACUCCACUGCUCAGCUGGAGCAAUUCACUUCUCCAAAUUAUCAGCCGGAGAUGGGCUCCAUGUCUCCUAAAAAUCAAGUAGACGGCAAUAUGCUAAAAUCACUGGACAAUUCUUUACUUCACCCGCAAGCUUUUGGAAAAACAGUUUCUCCAAAUCAUGCCUGGCAGCCAGAGCCUUCCAUUGCAUUAUCUCAAGGCAUUUCACCAGAAGUUGGUAUUCUGGAUUCUCUUUACCAGACUAAAGCAGAGAGCCAAAUGUACAAGUCUUCUAGCUCUCUCCAACACGCCAAAUCCAUUGAAGAACAUUCAUAUCCAGUCAUUGGCUUGCACAGGGAUUCAACUGAUCAUGGAGUUGGAGAGCCUGUGCACUCAUUUCAUCCAAAUCUAUCAACAAUUCUAUCAUCUUAUCCACAGGGGCAUAUUAAUUCCUUAACUCAACCUGCGUUACAGUUUGAUAUUGUAAAUGGUUUUGCCUCCGAUUCUGGAAAUUCAUCUACUCACUUUCAGGAGCAGAAGCAAUUUCUUGAAUAUAUGCGGAGGGAGAGAGAACUCUACAUGCAUCAUAUGAUGAACAAUAAUGACCACUUCAGUGGCAGGCAUCCCAUUGAACAUUUUCCUCUGGUUGAUCAUCAGGGCAUCUCAUCAUUACAAUCUCCCGUGGUUGGCGGUGCAGCAAGUCAAAACUGGUUUCCAGUAGAGCGUCGGGGUUACGAUGGUUAUUCUGGAGUUCAUCUACCUGAUGUUGCAAAUCAACAUGUGGCAAAUUACGAAACUGCAGACAGCCACCCUUUCCGUGUUAUGCUGCCUUCUCACAGAUCAUAUGAGACUGCAAAUUCAGAGCAGUUCAGUCAAGCAAACAAUUUUUCUGGCAGUGCUAUUCAGACUCAUGAUAACAAUUACUUCUGUGCUCCAAGUUUGCAAAAUAGCUCAAGUGGUUUUGAUGCUGUUGUUGUGCCCAAGAACCCUAUGAGAACAAACACUGUGUUAUCAGUGAACUUCCCUCAAAAUGAUCCAUACCUGCAUGGAAUGACAGGGAAUCCAUUUUUGAUUCCGCGGUAUCAUUAGAAUCCAUUCAAGGUCUAACUUUGUGGUUUGUUAAUUUUAUUUUUCUGUAAAUAACAUUAAUUUACUAUAUAAAUUCAUUGUAUUGAACAAGCAAUAUGAAUUCACAGAAUUCAAAUGCAUAUAUU